GGCAAAAAAAAGAAGAAAAAAACAUCAUGGUUAAAGCAUACACACAAGAGUACAUUUACAAGCACCCAUGGGAGCGGGUAACCUCUGCAUCUUGGCGCAAGUUUACUGACCAUGAAAACAGGCGCAUACUAAACCAUAUCCUUGAAGUUGACACACUGAGCUGCAAGCUCGACCAUAUAUCUCAGCAGCUUUACACCACUCGUGCAGUCACUGUCCAUUUCCCCGGACCAUGGUUCAUACGGAAAAUGGUCGGUCAGGACAUCUGCCACUGUGUUGAAUCAACGACUGUGGACGCCCAAUCACGGUCAAUGCAACUCACUUCCAGAAAUGUUAGUCUUGAGAAUUUCAUACAAGUGGAGGAGAAGAUCCGGUACGACCCCCACCCAGAUAAUCCAAAUGGGUGGACGAUUUGCAGGCAGGAGACGAGUAUACAUAUAAAGCCAUUAUCUGCGCUGGCAUCAAUUGCAGAAAUGGUGGAGCAACGAUGUGGGGAGAAAGUUGUGAAGAAUAGUGCUACGGGAAGAGAGGUUAUGGAGAGGAUCUGUAAAUAUUUGGAAGCUGAAUCUAGAGAGAUUGCUCUGGAAUCCUGACAACAGUUUUUAGCUGAAAACCUGUCUCUACCAUUUCAUUUUUAAUGUUAGUUCCAUAAAUUUAAUGGUGGAUUUAAAAUUUAGUUGUAUUGAGAUGAGUAAGAGAUGUAUGUGUAUCAUUUUUUAAAAAUAAAAUACUACUAUGAAAGAGUAAUAUCUGAAGGCAAAAUUUGCAUACG